GAGUACCCUUUAUAUAUAUAUGAAACCCUAAUUCACAAAUUCUCUCUUCGAUCUCAUUCUACUUUCCAUUUCUCUCCUGCCCAAAGCAGAGCAUCAUUUCCAGUGAAAAAUGAAGGUUAUCGCUGCUUAUUUGCUCGCUGUCUUGGGAGGCAACUCCAGCCCAGCCUCUGACGAUCUGAAGACUAUUCUUCGUUCAGUUGGAGUUGAGGUUGAAGAUGAACAAAUUGAGUUGCUCCUAACUCAAGUUAAGGGAAAAGAUAUCACUGAACUGAUUGCUGCUGGACGGGAGAAGUUAGCCUCGGUUCCUUCAGGUGGAGGUGGUGCUGCUGUUGCGGUUUCUGCUGGCGGUGGUGGUGCUUCAGCUGCUGCACCUGCUGCAGAAAAGAAAGAAGAAAAGGUGGUGGAGAAAGAGGAGUCUGAUGAUGAUAUGGGUUUCAGUUUAUUUGAUUAAGUGAAGAUUAAUUCUAAGUUAGUUUGUUUAUUUUCGUUUUUUUGGAACUUUUAUCGCCCCGACUUUUUGAGCAUUCUUCUAUUUAUAGACUAAUACUGGAUGUAGUUCCCUGAAAAUUUUCAAUAGUAAUUCCACAAAUUUGUGGUUACCUUUGCA